CAGUCGCAGAAACGUACGCACGCAAUUUAUAAGUUGAUCGUGAAACGACGUGUUCAGUGCCGUUGUUUUCGUUGCGUUGACUCUCCUUCUAUAGCAUAGAUGUGCUACCGUCGUUAUUCGUUGUUAUUGUUUAGUGCUGCAAUACUAGACGUGAGCAGAUCAGUGUGUGACGUGUGAAACGCGCUGCAGAUAAGCGAUAUUGAUUUUUCGGUUUAAUUCAACGCUCUCUGAAAAGGAGACAGAAAGUGCGUGCAAUUGGGCUUGGAUGUAACACUUGGAAAGGACCAAAAGACCGGCAGUGCUGUGCUAUUGCGAACGAAAGUGUUGAAUGUGUUCUGAUUUUGGAACGUUGCAACUUUAGUGCGUGUCGUUGUUCGGACGAAGUGCGUUGGCUGAUGCGAGGAAGCAUCUAGCAGCCAGCCGGAAGCUGAAGAGGCCGCCAACUACUCAUAUAUGCUAAAAUCAUCAGGAAUGACUGUAACUCCGAUACGAAUGGCGAUGACCAGCCCGACGGUUCCCAUGCAACAGAAGAGCACCUCGCGGAUCAGUAACUUCAGUGUGGCAUCGCUUCUGGCGGACACUCGACCGAGAACACCGUCCGGUGUGACGACCGCGACAGAAAUUCUGUUGCCGGCAAACCUGUCCCAUGCAAGUAGUUCACCCCGCUCGGCACAUGACAGUGGGUCGAUUAAGAAUGAUCUGGAUCGAUCGGACACUCCGCACAGUCUGCUGGAAUCGGACGAUUACGACUCCAACCAGGAAGACUCGAUCGUGGACAUUGAGGAUAUCAACAAUGAGAACAGCAGUUCCGAUCCAGGACAUCCGGACAAGGGUUCUCCAGCUUUGUUACAGCAAUCGGCGGCCCUAGCAGCCGCAGGCCAUGUUCCUAUCCGACCGACACCCUUCAGUGCCCUGGCGGCCGCAGCAGCAGCGUGGGGUGGCAUGAGUGGUGGAAUGCCCUGGCAAGCGGCUGCAGCUCGACAAAUGGGCCCAUUUGGACCGCCCGGUCUGUUCCCCGGGCAGGGAUUCGGAUCGGGACAACUUGGUGGAGAUAACGAACCCCCCCGUAUAAAGUGCAACCUGCGGAAGCACAAACCGAACCGGAAGCCGCGUACCCCCUUCACCACCCAGCAGCUGCUGUCACUGGAGAAGAAAUUUCGCGAGAAGCAGUACCUUAGCAUAGCGGAACGAGCCGAGUUCAGUUCGUCACUGCGGCUCACCGAAACCCAGGUCAAGAUCUGGUUCCAGAACCGGCGAGCCAAGGCGAAACGAUUACAGGAAGCCGAACUGGAAAAGAUCAAAAUGGCGGCCCUCGGGCGGGCACCGGGUGCCCAGCUAUACAUGGGAUACUUCCACCCCAGUCUGAUGGGCGGAGCGAUGCACCUGGGCUGAACUGCUGAACCCUGCUGUGAAUAUUAGCCCUUAAGCGACUGUAAAAAAGCAUCUCCCGAGAACUGAAACCAAAUGUUUUCCCUGAAAGUUGGGACUUCUCUGAGCUCGAACCUCCUCAACACAAUACAUUGAAGCUGCUGACGGAAGGCGACCCUCUUUUAUUUAUUGCUACCCCAGGGCGGUUCGGGGCGACCAGCCAGUCAAUCAGUCAGCCAGUUAGUCUGUCCCCGUAAGAUUUGGGCCAGAGUGGAGGAACCGUAACCUCAACCGAUGUUUACCCUCAAAAUCUCCAACGUCGAGUCGAGUCGAGUGUGAAACUGUAAAUAUUAGCCCAAAUUAAAGCGACGCGUUUGUGGUACGACAGAAAUUAAUUUUGCAAAGCACUCAAUCCAGAGCCAUUUUCGGUUGAUCAUCAUCAUCAGCAUUGGAAGUGCGUGUAAAUAUUGUCUUGCGAGCGGGCAACAAACCAACAGGCCGGAAAAGUGAGGUUAUCGGGCUUAAUUGCUGUCAAAUACCCCCGAGCCCCCUAACCAACUCGAGCCACUGUAAAUAGUCUCGUUUAGUUGUGUGUCGAAUGCCACACUUCACGCGGCCGAGAUUUGCUUUUUUUCUCUCCGUGCUGUAAAUAUAGUCUGUAAGCGAUAGGCGGGCAAAACUAAGGCAAAAACUGUGUAAUUACGAGAUAACAGAGUUCAAUAAAGUAAGCAGAGCAAAUGCAAAUAUUAUUAUACGUCACGUUAGAUAAGAUUAUGAUAAUUAAUUAACUAUUAAAACAAAUUCAGAUAAAAAUUA